ACCUGAGCGCCACUUACAACUCAUUUGUUUAUUUUACAUUUUUUGACGACAAAAUGUGAGUUUGUAAGUGAGCGCGUGUGCGACCCAGCGCACUCGUGGAAAAACCUUGUUGUUUCGUCGAGCUGCGUGAAAUGAAAUAACCGAACAGGAAACAUCGAUCGAGCUUCCUUCUUCUAGAUCAAGUCAGAACAGGUGAAUUCACCAUGGGCCGGCUCGAUGAUGCUGCAAAGCACAAAGUGGUAGAGCUGCGAAAGGCGGGCCUGAGUUUCCGUAAAAUCAAAGCUGUGCUGGAGCUGGAGAACAUUAAGGUUUCCGCUCAGGCCAUCUACUUGUUCCUGAGAGAGUUCCAGGGGAGGCCGCCAGGGAGGGUGAGACCUGUAGAGCCUGGAAGUAGCACAUCACCAGCACAGGUGCAAGCUCAAACUGGAGCAGUACAGCAGAGCUGGAGUAACAUUCAAAUCCGAAAUCUAUUGCGGGAUUCAUCUCAACGUCUUGGCUUUGCAGCUGCUGCUGACUUUGCUAAACAGACUCCCACCAGCUCAGAGGGCUCUUCCUCCGGGGAAACCAGUGGAGGCAACAGGAAAGAACAGCAACCUGAAGAACAUAAGGAUGAAAAUGAUAUCCAGAUUGUCAGUGUCACGUCACUCGCACAGCAGAGCCAACAAAGAGCUCCCCAGUCCACUCUACCAAGGUCAGAAACCAGUGCUAUGACUUCCACGCCAGCAGUGAGGCGGAGAGUCACACCUUCUCCAGCCACUAGUUCAAUGCUGGCAGCUCGAAAGAGACUUUUGGAUAAAGCAUUGUCACACAGAUUGAAGUUUUCAACAGUGGCGUCAUUGUUAAGGAGAGAUCCGUCAAGUGUCCAGGGCGCUGACAUGAGGAAUGCUGUGCCACAACCACCUGAAACCUACGAUCUGACCACUGAAAAGACUGUUACAGGGAAUCAGCCUGGAAGUAUCAGCGCUCCUAGACGUUCUCUCACCCAGAGACCAGGGCUAUCUGUUCGUUCCCUUCCUCCUCCCCCUCAUCCUCCUCCUCGAGUUGGGAUUCGUCUUUCUAACCGGCCACAAGCACCUUUAACAUCUGCGUCUCCCGGGGGCGCUGUUAUCCGCAUACAGGCCCCUGGGAGUCAGGGUGCUCCUCGUACUGAAGGGAACCCGAGUCCACAGCAGGCAGCCCAGGACGCUGGAGUCAGAAGCGGUUUCCAGGAUCAGAUUCAGAGUUUGGGCUCUGAAGUGCGCAGCUUGGGCCUGGCAGUGAAGAUGCUUGUAGAGCAGCAGUGCCGUCUGGAGAGGGAGCAGUCGCAGCAGACCCAAAUUCAGAAGCAGAUCCUCAACACUCUACAGACCAUUGCAACCAAAAUGGGUCAUGGUAGCAGUGUUCAAAAGCAGCAAAACAAGACUCCUUCACCCUCUGCUUUGGCAGCAGCUUCUGCCUCUACCUCGUUUAACCAAGACACCUUCAGUUUUAGUCAAGGCACUUACACUCAGUGUAGCCAAACCCAGCCUAGCUACAGCUCUUUAGAAGGUUUAGAAAAUGUGGAGGCCUUUAAAUUGCCGGGACUCAGUCCUACAACCAUGAAUGGGUUUCCAGCAUGUAGCAAUGCUGAAAGCCUUCCUGUUACUCACACCCCUUCUCAAACACAACCUUAUUCAGCUGCAUAUAUUCAGCAAACCAGUCAAGCGCUCAUGCCUCCCUACACGCAAUCAUAUGUCUCCACAUACAGCAUACAGUCACAUCCUCAGACUUUCAGGGCAUUGGAGAGUAAAACAUCAGAAUUCCAAAGCAGCUGCUCAACAAGGACUUUCCAGGACUGCAGCGUUUCCACUCAACCAGUGCUGAACUCUGACCACUCUUCACAGGAUCAGCAGAUCAAUAUUAUCAAAGUGGAAGGACCAUAGAUGGCUUUAGAUUCCACACACUGUUUUAGGACCACAAGGGCUUUGAUGUACUUUUUUAGAGUGACUGUAGCAUUAUGAACAUGUUUUCAAAUAUAACAAUAAACAGUGUAGCAAUUUUUAUUUAUUUAUUUCCAAAGGGAGAGGGUACAAUCAGCAAUAGGAUACAUUGAUUACAAUUUUUAGUAAAUAUUGUAAUUUGUAUUUGCCACAGGCAACGAUUAAAUAAUUCUCACAUUUUAAAUGACAUGUUUAUCUUAUAUCACCAUGACUGGCAUUAUCAACUGUUAAUUUUCAUACAUAUGGGCAAACUGAUUAUAAAACAUAAGGACCUUAUAAUGAUCCAAAGCAUGCUUCCAUUUCACUAUUUUAGAGAUGACAAGCUAACAUAUGAAACUGAGAAUGCUUAAACAAAAAAAAACAAAACAAAAAAAAACUUGAUUCUUACAAGGGACGAUUCAGGACAAAAUCAGAUGUGUGUAUAUUUUUUUUCUGUGGUAUUUGCAUUUAUCCAUCUAGAUUGGUGAUGAGUUUUGGGUGUCUGCCUUAUUUUGAAUAUAAAGGAAGAAGACAACACUUUCACUGUUAUGCUAAAAAAGUUACUGGUUAUGUUUCUUUCUGUAAAACUGUUUUUUUUUGUUUUUUUUUUACAGAAGAAAAUCAGGUGCUUUUAGCCAUACAAGCUGUAUACUGUUGUGGUCAUCAUGGGCAUAAAUGGGUAGUAAUUGGGCUUUUAAUGAUUUCUUUGAAGUGUUUUUUUUUUCAGGGUGGAAUGAUUGUAAUGCAUACAUCUUUAAUGACUUAAAAAAAAAAUCAAGAAUUGGUUGCAGUUUGAAUUUAUCUUGGAUUUUCUCUAAUCCACACAGGGCCAAACGUGCACAUGCUACAUUCACAAUGUCUUUUAACUUAACUCCUAUUAACUUCUUGCUAGUGAUCAUGUUUCACUACAACUGGUAGUUUGGUUUUUUUAGAUAGAUAGAUGCAGAUUCCAAGAUCAUCAGUUUAAAUAACUGUAUCUAAGUUAUUCAGAUGUGUAACCACUUUGCCAGAGUGAAAGAAUACUCAAACUGUCACUCUCCACAUGAGAGGAAAUUGGUUAGGAUGUCUAAAAACUACAAUGGCUCAAGCCUGCUAUUAAGUGGAAACUGCUGGAAUGGCAGUUUCACCGUCCACAGUGAAGUGGGUUUUAUAUUGCCAUGUACUGAGAGUGUGCCAACCAACAAAAAAAAGCCCCCGGUCCCUAACAACACCUUCCACCUCGACUGAAAUUUACAGCUGCCCACAUGGACAAGCCAAAUGUCUACUGGAGAAAGGCUUUAGGAUCAGAUGAGACAAAAAUGGAGUCAUUUGUCCACAAUGGUAAGGUAUGGAUGCAGCACAGUGACUAGUACUGUUGCCUCACAGUAAUAAGGUCCUGGGUUCUAAUCUGCCAGCUGGUCGAGACCGUAGGUGCGAAUGUGAGCGUAAAUCUCUCUCUGUACAGGGCGUACCCUGCCUCUCGCCCUAUGGCAUCUAGAUAUAGCUAGCCACCAUUACAGCUCAGCUGAGGGGAGUGGCACUAUUAUCUCUGAUCAGCUAGUACAGGGUCACUGAACCCAGGGCUGGUAAUCUGGCAUUUGCCUGCUGGGCCAAUGCAAAUAUGGGCCCCUCCACUACCUUCACCGUGCGCUCACAUAUCUUGUUGAACAGAGUUCAGUGUGGAAGAAUUGAUUGAUACACAUGGAAAAAAAAAGGUCAACCUGAAAAGCUAAGAGAGAAAAAUUAAAAGAAAGUAGAAAUAGAUGCAAUAAAAUGUGUCAAAUUAACCAAAUAUUGUACAUAUGCUUCCAUUUGCUCGCUCGCGCCAUCUGUCUAGAUAUUGCAGAAUUGUAGGUAUGACCCUGAAUGACCUUUCUGAGCUGUAUGCAUAAGAUUAGGAUUUUGAAGUUAGGUGGAAGCAAUGUAAAUCUGUCCUAACUGCAAACAUUGUAUGUGCAACAUCCAGGACAAAUACACUGAAAAAGUCAAUGUCCCUGCUGCGACUGGUAUUUUGAAUACCAUGCUGUGUUCUUAUUCCUGCUUUUUUGUACAUUUAUUGCAUUUGCUUGAUGGUUGUGUGAUUUCUGCUGUCUGAAAAACAAAUUGUCCUU